UUAUAUGAUCACUAGACAUAUAAUUAUCCUCAAGCUAAGAGACAGCAGGAAGCAACUCAUGAUAUACACAACCAUCAACUUGAGAUAAUAUUGCUAGGGCGAACCAGCGGUGAUACAAAAAGAAUUCAAACAAAUAGACACGCGUCCAAUUAAUGGAACCUCCGAGAAAAGCAUUCCCACUUUGCUUGAAUCAAAGGUACAAACGUGUCGCCUUUUUUUUUCCUCAGUGCUCUCUAUACGUGACUUACCCUUAUUGGUUCUCACUGUCACCCCAAGCAAACCAACUCUAUUUUCAUGGGACCCACUUGAUCUCUUCCCACCAAUCACAUCUCUCACUGUUUAAGGUUAACUCUAGACACGUGGUGCUUCCUUACCCUACGAACUGUGCCUGUAACUAUGAUAAUCGUCUCGGCAAUCCGGCAAAACUAAAUUAUUUCUGUCUAUAAACCACUCUGCAACAGCCCGAAUGGACGUUGGCAAUACUUGGACCCGCCCUGGAUACCCAGGUACCAUCAAAGAUACCAAGAUAAUCAACAACACCAUGCUGAGAUUCCGGCCUAUUGCGCCUAAGCCCGUAGCUAAUUCUUCGGGCUCGGGCUCUACGCCGGAAACUCACAACGUAGAUGUUGCUGGAAAAAGAAGAACAAAGAGAAAGUACGUUAGAGUAAAGAAAAACAACAAGUGCAAGAAUAAAAAGGAAGAGAAAGAAAAAAGUGAUGGAUCGUUGGUGUUGGAUGAUCAUCAAACGGUUGUGACUCUUCAGCUACUGCCGGAAAGUAGCGGAGGAAUUAAAAGUUCGCCGGAGAACAGAUCUUACCCAAAAACCAUCAAUUUUUUUGUGCAAGAGCGAUCUAUAUGGAUGAAUAAAAAUAUUUUAUCAAUCGGUGCACCGGAUCCGUCAGAUGAUAUCCGAUCUCCGACAGUUGUGGAAUCGUUGGUAAUGGUAGACGGUAUAACAAACAGUACUUUGGUUGAUUUAUCAGCCUUAGGAAGUACGGACAUGGAGAAGAUGAUGAAUCUGCAGCGUGACACGUGUCCAGGAUUUAUAUCGGACGGUUUAGAAAGCGUGAAGUGGGUGAAUCUGGCGUAUCGGAGAAUGAUAUAUCCGGUUGAUGAUGGAGGAGAGCCGCCGGAGAUGACGGUGCGGUUGGUUGUGAAGGAGAAAAAAAGUGCACCGUUAUUGUUAUUGUCAGUUUUUGCAUGCACAGUAAGAAUUGUGUAUACAUGGAAAGAAGUGAAGCAGGCAAGGACAAUGCCUUGUGAUGGAUGGAAGAUGGACUUUGGGGGAUUUGCAUGGAGAUUUGAUGCUAAGGCUGCACUUAGCUUGGGCCGUUAGAAGGGUAAAUAAAUCCUUCGCAAUAGUAAUUCAAUCUAGCAAGAAGAAUACUUCAAUUUCCCUCUAGCAUUGCUAUACAUCAGGUAAUGUUAUUAUUAUAUAUGUCAUGGGAAAUGAUGAUAUGGAACCCUAAGUGAGAAAAAUAAUGAUCCCUAAAAUUUGUGCUUUUGCAGAUAAUUAAAUCUAGUGCAAAAAUGAUGCCUAGAUUUUCUUAUAAUUCAAAACUCUACUUCUAAAUGUAAAAAAGGCUUGCUGGAAACUAGGAAUUGAUAACAAACGUACAAGUCUUAUUAUUCAGCUUUAAUUUCAAUGCAACAACUACUUAUUGUUGA